AGUACGCCGUCGUAUUAGGAUCGGCGUUUAGUAAGUUCAUUGAAGGGACCAGAGCAAACUGCAUAUGUGAAAUUCAAUGGAUUCACAGGCGGAAACCCUAGAAGGUAACCAAGACAUCGAUCAUCAAAGCCUUGACUACGACAUCGACGCAGCAGAUGAUUUCGAAACACUGGCUCGAACAUGGCUUUCCACGCUUCCCGCAGACAAGUCUCUAAACCCUUCCGAAGUCGAAACUUGGCUUCAAUCCAACAAUUCCUCCUUACCCGAUCACAUCAAAUCAAUGCCUCUAUCAGAUGUAUGCCAGAUGUUUACUUCGUUUUUAAACGAUGGAAAUCUCUCCAAUGAGGAAAAAGAUCCUAAUCAUGCUCGUUUCCAGCGUAGUGAUCAGUGGAAGCCUAUUUAUUCAUGGUUAGAAACAUUAAAAACAGAGGAGGUAAUUAAGUCAAAAGAAAUUAUAGAUUGGCUUACUGAGAACCCAGAGAUCAGGGAUGAUUUGUCUGCAAGACACUCCCGUUAUCACCUAAUGCACUACAUUAAAAAAUGCCACAUGAAAAUUCUCAAGAGAAAAGAGAAGAAGAAGGGAUUACAUGCUACCAUCAAAACAACUUCUCCAAGUCCAAAAGCUCACAAGAUUGAGGAAAAUAAAUCUCCAGUUGUGGUUCCAAGUAGUAGUGUGACCAAGCUGCCCAAGGAUAGUCCCAUAUACAUAGUCAAAAGAAAUGAAGCUUUUCGAAAAUAUGAGAUUUUAAUAGAAAUGGAGAAACAGCUUGCCACCUUCUUCCAAAAUCAAGAAGCCACAAAUGUUGUAGCAGCGCCAUGAUGAUCAUAAGAUAGCAUCAUGUCAUGUACAUGACCCCAAAUAUUGUAGAAAGCCUUGAAUUUUUAAAACAUCAAAGACUUUACUCGACUUUUAAGUUGAUAUUAUUAACAUCAUCAGUUUCAUCCAAAAA